AUGGCGACCAUGCUUGUGCAAACCGAGGUCGAGUACCAAGUACCGGUGAUGAUGGUUACGGCAGCGUCUACACCGCGGAAACUAUGGGAACAUCCGGAUCCAAAGUCUACGGCUAUGUGGAAGUUUAUGCAGGAUGCCAAUGCGAAACGAGGACUCCAGAUGCAGACCUUCCGCGACCUCUACAACUGGAGCGUGGGCCCCUCGCGCACCGAUUUCUGGACCGACAUGUGGAAAGCCAGCAACCUGAUCUACUCAGGCACCUAUACAACCGUCGUCGACACCUCGCUCCCCAUGGAAACAAACCCCCACUGGUUCCACGGCACACACCUCAACUUUGCCGAAAACAUCCUCUUCACCGCCUCCCCUACCGACUCUUCUGUCCGCACCACGACCCACAAAGAAGAAUCUAAAAUCGCCUUAACAGAGAUCCGCGAGGGAAACACCGAAGUCCGACAUCUGACAUGGGGUGAUUUGCGCCGGCGCGUGGGUGUUCUCGCGAAUGCGCUGCGCGCUAGGGGGGUAGGAAAGGGGGAUCGCGUUGCUGUUAUCGCGUCAACGAGUUUCGAUACUUUUGUUGCGUUUAUGGCGACGGUUGCCGUGGGCGCACUCUUCAGUUCUAGUAGUACUGAUAUGGGCGCCAAAGGCAUUCUCGAACGGUUGUUGCAGAUUCGUCCCAAGUACGUUUUUGUGGAUGAUUGGGCCGUGUAUAAUGGCAAGACUUUUGAUUUGAGACCGAAGAUUGAGGAGAUACUUGAGGGUAUGGAGAGGGGUGGUGUGGAAGAGUUUGAGGGUGUGGUUGUGCAGGCUAGGUUUCCUGGAAGGCCGGCUGACGUUGCGGGUUUGGCGAAGACGGUGCGCUUGGAUGAGUUUUUGGAGCUUGCGGGUGGGGACAAUACGUUGGUGUUCGAGAGGGUGGCUUUCAGAGAUCCGUUUCUGAUUGUUUACUCGAGUGGAACAACGGGCGUGCCGAAGUGCAUUGUGCAUUCGACUGGCGGUGUGCUCAUCAAUGUUUGCAAAGAGAGCAUACUGCACAAGGAGAUGACGCCCGAGAGUGUGGCUCUGCAGUACACUACAACUGGAUGGAUCAUGUACGUUGUAUCCGUACAAGUCUGUCUCUUCGGCACCCGCACUAUUCUUUACGACGGCUCCCCCUUCCAACCCACCCCCGAAGCCUUCCUCUCCAUCCUAGAAGAACAGCGCAUAACCGACUUCGGCACCUCCCCACGCUUCCUCCACGAGCUCCAAAAGCGAAACAUUGCACCCCGCAACCUCUUCCAGUUCUCCCACUUAAAAAGCGUAGGAACGACCGGUAUGGUCCUCACAGAAGCACAAUUCGAAUGGUUCUACGACACUGGUUUUCCCGCCUCCGUCCACCUACGCAACCAAUCCGGCGGCACCGACAUAGCCGGACGCUUUGGACUCGAAAACCCACUCGAGCCCGUUUACGUAGGCGGAUGUCAAGGACCCGGUCUAGGCACCAAGAUACAAGUUUACGACUCCCUCAUCGAAUCCGGUCCCGGCUGCGCAGUCCCCGACGGUGAGCCAGGCGAGCUCGUCGCCACAGCCUCCUUCCCCAACCAGCCAAUCUACUUCUGGGGCGACGACGCUCAAAAUACGCGGUACCAGUCUGCAUACUUUACCCGUUUCCCUGGUGUAUGGACGCACGGCGACUUCAUCCAAAUGCAUCCCAUUACAGGUCAAAUCCUGUUCCUCGGCCGCGCAGACGGCGUGUUGAAUCCUAGCGGUGUUCGUUUCGGAUCCGCGGAUAUUUACAGUGUUGUCGAAACGCACUUUCCCGAGGUGGCGGAUAGUAUCUGUGUGGGACAACGGCGACCGAGGGAUGUAGAUGAGAGUGUUAUACUCUUUCUCAAGAUGAACAAGGGGUUCGAGUACACUGAGUCGCUGGUGAAAAAGAUCAAGAACAAGAUUGCAGAGGAGAGGAGUCGACGACAUGUUCCUAGGUUUGUGUUCCAAACUUGGGACAUUCCGACUACGGUAAAUCUGAAAAAGGUCGAACUACCUGUCAAGCAGAUUGUGUCCGGGAAGAAGAUCAAGCCGAGUGGGACGUUGGCGAAUCCGGAGAGUCUCAAGUUCUACGAGCAGUUUGCGCAUGUGGAGGAGGUGAUUAAGAGGAUGACGAACGAGAAGAAGACGUGGAGGAGAUGUACGUUGUAG